AUGCAAGCCGGGUCAUCUCGAAACCCCAACAAAUACUAUCAAUUUCACAAAGACAUCGAUCACGAUACUGAAGAUUGCUACCAGCUGAAAAGGGAGAUUGAAGAGCUGAUCAAGGUGGGACACCUGAAGCGGUACGUCAAAGGUAGCCGAGAAGAGCAUGGAAGUCGGCGACCAGAAGACCACGAUCGAAAGAAGGCCCAGCCGAAGUGGAAUAGCCGAAGAGCCAAGCACGAUGAAGGUAAAGCCCGAACCGAAAAGAAAGAUGAUGGAGCAGGACCGAGCAAUGACAAAGGGGAGCCCAUAUACACCAUCCUCGGAGGACCCGGACAAGAAUCCACUCAGAAAGCCAAGGCUAACGCAAGGUUCAUCGAUGUCACAGAGAUGCCGAGUAAGAGGCCAAAGUCUGAGACAACAAUCUCCUUCACCGAACCCGACCUUGAAGGUAUAAGCUUACCCCAUGAUGAUGCUUUGGUAGUGCAGGUGGAGAUCAUAAAGAGACCCGUUCACCGGGUGUUGAUAGACAUUGGAGCGUCAGUGGAUUUAAUGUCACUCGACGCAUACCAAGAGUUUGGCUUUGGCGACGACAUGCUCAAACUUGAAGGGACCUCCACACACGGGUUCUUCGGAGCUUCAGCUACCAUCAAGGGAUCGAUCGAGUUACUAGUCACGCUCAGACAGGCACCAUAUCAAGCAACCGUCAAAGUCAAGUUCAUGGUGGUGCGAUCGGUGGUGGCCUUCAAUGCCAUACUCGACUGCCCAUCGCUCACCGUCCUCCAAGCAAUGAUCUCGAGAAUGUUACGCCACUUUUAUCAAGCAAAAUAA